GCAUUAAUUAUGAAUGACAGAUCAUCGCUUAUAUUGUUGUUAAUAGUUUAAUUAGCUGUGAGUAGAGAAAGAAGAAGAGAGAUGGCAGAGGCAAAUACCAACAGAUGGUCUCUUCAAGGCAUGACUGCUCUUGUUACUGGUGGAACCAAAGGAAUCGGUCAUGCCAUUGUGGAGGAGCUAGCACAGCUAGGGGCAGCCGUACACACUUGUUCUAGGAACGAGUCUGAGCUUAAUGAAUGCCUCCAACAAUGGACCAUGAAGGGACUUCAAGUUACUGGUUCAGUCUGCGACAUGGUGUCUUCUGCACAAAGACAUAAUCUCAUAACUGAAGUUUCCUCAGUAUUUCACGAAAAACUCAAUAUCCUUGUGAACAAUGUGGGAACAAAUAUAAAGAAACAAACUAAGGAAUAUUCAGCGGAAGAUUUUUCAUUUUUGAUUAGUACAAAUCUAGAAUCUGCAUACCACAUGUGCCAACUUGCAUAUCCUCUCUUAAAAGCUUCAAAAGUUGCAAGCAUCAUCUUCAUAUCCUCCAUUGCUGGUAUGGUGUCAAUAGAUGUGGGAUCCAUAUAUGGUGCAACAAAAGGAGCAAUGAAUCAACUAACUAAGGACUUGGCAUGUGAGUGGGCAAAAGAUAAUAUAAGGACUAAUUGUGUUGCACCAGGUCUUACUAAGACACCCCUGGCUGAUCGGUUACUCAAAGAUGAUGAAAAGUUUCAAGAGGAUUUCAUUAAAAGAAUACCUUUAAAACGGAUUGGAAAGCCAAAUGAGGUUUCAUCCAUGGUGGCGUUCCUCUGUUUACCAACGGCCUCUUACAUUACAGGACAAACUAUUUGUGUUGAUGGAGGAUUCACUGCUUUUGGUUUUUGAAUCAACGUUGCUCAAUUAUUACUCUCUUUAUUUCUAUCAAAUGCUUUAGCCUUGGACUUAAAUUGUAUAAGUGGUUUAAAUUAGAGUGUUGUGUGAGACCUUUGCUCUUAUGAACAAGCUUAAUAAUCAGGAGAAGGAUAUAUCAUGUAAGCAUAAUUAUUUUUAUAUUACCCUUAUCCUCCUUCUAGUAAGCAUAAUUAUU